UACAAUAAUCAUUAACUAUCUUCUUAAUUAUAGCUAGCUUGAACCCCAAAGGCUCUUCUCCUUUAAAGUUUGCUCGUUUAUUGAUUCAGCAUAAUUCUAUCCAUAUGGCUUCCUCUCAUGCCUCAGAAAACACAAAUCUAGAAGGAGUAGCUGGUGGUGUUGGGGAGAAUCCCAUUCCACUUCAAGAAAACAUUCUGCAGAAGCAUGCUGCAUUCUUUGACAAGAAUCACGAUGGUGUUAUUUACCCAUGGGAGACUUUUCAAGGCUUACGUGAAAUUGGGAAUGGGAUCUUGGCUUCCUUUGGACUUUCUCUUUUCAUCAAUUUGGCUCUUAGUCAAUCCACUCGUCCAGGAAAGUUUCCAUCUUUUCUUUUCCCAAUCGAAAUUAAGAAUAUACAACUCGGCAAACAUGGCAGUGACACUGGAGUCUAUGAUACUGAAGGAAGGUUUGUUCCUUCAAAAUUUGAAGAAAUUUUCACAAAACAUGCACAUACUCAUCCAAAUGCUUUAACAUAUGAUGAGCUGAAGGAGAUGUUAAAGGCAAACAGAGAGACAAAAGAUUUGAAAGGAAGGAUUGGUGGUGAGGUUGAAUGGAAAUUCCUUUACAAACUUGCCAAAGAUAAGAAUGGCUUACUACAGAAGGAAACAAUCCGUGGUGUUUAUGAUGGAAGCGUGUUUGAACUGUUGAAAAAGGAACAUUCUUCAAGCAAAAAGAAGUAAUAUUCAAUCAGUUAACAAUAAAAUUUACUAUCGACACGAUAAUGUGAAAGAGGAAGUUGUUCAAGGUUACCAUGUGUUUAUUUUUAAGAAUAGAUGACCAUAAUACUUUACGAUUUCCAAAGUGUGUUUUGGGUUUAUUUGUUAAGUUAAAUUUGUCUAUGUCAUUCAUCAUGCUUGGCAUUUGUAAUAUAAAAAGAAAAAUUGUUUGUAUAUCGGUUUAUUUAUUAAGUUAAAUGUAUCUUUGUCUAUGAAGUAAGAAGGCAAAUCUGUAAUAUGUUCACAGGCACUUA